UGUGUGGCAGGAGGCGGCGGCGUGUCAAUAAAAAGAGGGGCAAGGGGAGGAACCCGUUGCAAAAGGGGGAAGAAAGAACCCGAGCUACGAAGCAAAGAAGGGGUCGCAGCACCUUCACCGCCGCUCCAUCGGCCGCCCCCCAAGGAUGAACUAAAGCGCAAAGAAGGCUGCGCGCACACCUGCAAGAGGAACCUGCAACUUUCGCGUCUCUGCCCAGAGAACCCACCUGAGGCCAACUCUCUGAAGAAGCGUCUCCAUGAACUUUGGGAGUUCUUUGCGCAGGUGCCUGCUAUCAAGAAUGGAGUGGCAGCUUCUGGCAUUUGCCAUUUGCCUCAGUUUGGCUACCUCGAAUUCGGCGGACUGUUCCGCUCAGUGCUCCGUAUGUGCUCUUCACAGCCAGGAUGUGGAGAAGCUGGUCAGCCCCUUGAUAUGCUCCCUGGAGUGCCAAGGCUCCUUGCUGUCCAGCGCUGAGUGGGAGAAGUGCAAGAGAGCGCUGUCCUUCCUCGCCCCUUUCCUGAUCGAGGGGGAGCCCGACAGACCAUCCCAGGGUGAUGAAGAGGAGGAGACUGAACAGGAAGGCGACCCCAGACCCAGGGAGGUGUACACUGGGCCGGCCAAACGUUACGGAGGCUUCAUGAAGAAGCUGGACAAGAACAAGAUCUUUUCUCUGCUCCGCGAGAACGCCCUUGCCAAGGGGAGCGUGGCAAAGAAGUACGGUGGAUUCUUCCGGAAGGUGGGGGAGAGGGCAGCCUCCGAGGUGGGUGCUGAGGAGGAAUACCCGGCAGCCCUGGAGACUGGAGACCUGGCCUACAAUGGGGAAGAGUCGGAUGCGGGGUUGCUCAAGGAUGAGGUGAAACGCUAUGGGGGUUUCCUCCGCAAGUACCCCAAGCGAGGUUCUGACACGGCGGCCGGCGAGAAGGGCAGGCAAGAGCUGGGGGACCUGCGCAAGCGCUACGGGGGCUUCAUGCGCAGGAUCCGACCCAAGCUGAAGUGGGACAAUCAGAAGCGCUACGGGGGGUUCUUGAGGCGCCAGUACAAGGUGACCACCAGGUCGGAGGAAGAGCCCAACGCCUACUCAGAGGAGGCCUAUGACCUAUAGAAGCCGCUUUGGGCAGAAACCCAAGGCGUCCUCCGGCCACGACGCCCCCAAAUAUGGACUGUGUGGGUCACUCCAACCGCUCACCCCAGUGCUCAGCCAAGUAGUGCAAGGGCCAUCGGCAGGCCUGAUAGAGAAGGAAUGAAUCGACAUCAUGGGGUACCUUAGCAUGGAUUUUGAGGUGGAGGGAAGCCAGGGUUUGGGGGUUCAGGGCCUGAGAUGCAGCUUUCUGGUGCUGUCCUCAGUCUCUAGAAAGAGGGGUGCAUGUAGGGAGAUGCUGUCUGCUUGCAGCCUCUAAAGAGAUUUGUUCUCAUCUGUCAUUAAUAUUUUGUUUCCCUGUCUGCCAAAAAACGAAUCUAGCCUGGCUAACAAAUCUAAUUAGCCUGUACAAUAACAAAACCACAUCAAUGGAACGCACCAAAAGUGCACACCUAAGCCUGUUUGCUUAGAAGUAAAAUCCCUCUGAAUUCCUAGCCAGCGUGCUUAGAAGUGCAGCCUGUAAACAAAUUUAAACGGUGAAAACAGCAGCAAUCAAACCUCAUUGAAGAGUAAUAGCUUGGAAACACCUGCUGGUACAAAGCAAUCACAGUCCAAACCUCGGCUGGAUAAAGCAGCCUUCCCCAACCUCGUGCCCUCCUGAUGUUUCGGACGACAGCUCCCAUCAGCCGCAACCUGUAUGGCUGUGCAGUCUGAAAGUGAUGGGAUUUGUAGUCCAAAAACAGCUGCAAAGCAACUGGUUGGUGAAAGGUCAAAUGGAAACAGCAAGACUUUUUAAAAACUUUAAAUAGUGUCCCAUCCAUCCUAUAAAAAGCAGUAUUCAGAAUAGUGGUUUGCACAGCCCACUAAGGAAGAUAAUAACAUAAUAACGUUCACAAUAGGAAUCCUAGAAUCACAGAUUUGGAAGGGAACCUGAAGACCAUCUAGUCCAACCCCCUGCAAUGCAGGAAUAUGCAGCUGUCCCUUACGGGGAUCAAACCUGCAACCCUCGCAUUAUCAGCACCCUGCUCUAACCAACUGAGCUAUCAAUUGGGCAUUUAUUCAAAAUCAAAACUAUUUAAUUAAUUCAACAAAAUGGAUGAACUUGAUCCAGUGAUGACAGCUUUUCAAAGCCAACAGAGUGAUAGAUAACUCAGUCAGUAGAGCAUGAGACUCUUAAUCUCAGGGUGGUGGAUUCGAGUCCUACUUUGUGCAAAAAUAUUCCUGUGUUGUUGGUGGUUGGACAACGUGAGCCCCCUGGUCCCUUCCAACUCUAGGAUUUUACGAUAGGCAUUUGCACCUCCAGUGCCCAGCUGCCACCCCUUGCCUCUCAGCGCCCCCCACCAGAUAAUCCUAGUGCCCCUCAGGGGGUGAUCUUGCCCACUUUGUGAACCUCUGGAGCAGGCGAAUGGGUUUGCUCUAAGUAUGAUAAAAUCUGGCUGCUGCCCUCUCUUGUUACACUGUGCUUAUAUGAUUUACUUUAAGUGUUCCCUUUGAAAUGUCAAGUGUGAAAUGUGACAAGGAGGUGUUUCAAAACACGCGCAUCGUACAGGCACACACGUUCCCAGGGUCGCGACUGGCAAGCCAGUUUGCUUUGUAAUGUUUGAAAUCACCCUCUGUGGACAGGCUUUGCAAGGAAUCUGUCAUGCAGGACCUGUAGGACUCGAGAGGACAGUGGGGCAAAAAAACCCAACCCAAACAAAAACAGAGAAAAGAGUGCGUGCCCCAUGGGGACCGAUGUUGUAUCAUGCCAGCUUCAAAUUAAGUAAAAACCUUCGUGCCGCCUAGCUGAGCCAGAUGUGGUGUGAUAGAUGCGUUUGCACCCUGUAAGUCUGCAUUUUUCUUUCUUCUGCUUGUGCAGUUUCCUAAGUGCUACCCCAAACAUCCAUUUCCCAGAGCCAAUUAAAGCGUGUGGCUCACAGAUCACACAAUAAUUCCUCUGCCUUUCACAUGAUGUAGGGCAGGGGUCAGCAAACUUUUUCAGCAGGGGGCCAGACCACUGUCCCUCAGACCUUGUGGGGGGCCGGACUAUAUUUUGAAAAAUAAAAUAAAUGAAGGAAUUCCUAUGGCCCACAAAUAACCCAGAGAUGCAUUUUAAAUAAAAGGACACAUUCUACUCGUGUAAAAACACCAGGCAGGCCCCACAAAUAACCCAGAGAUGCAGUUUAAAUAAAAGGACACAUUCUACUCAUGUAAAAACAUGCUGAUUCCCGGACCAUCCGCAGGCCGGAUUGAGAAGGUGAUUGGGCUGGAUCCGGCCCCCGGGCCUGCCUAUCUAUUAUGUGGGGGGUGAGGAGUGAAUUCUGUGUCCGACUUGACUCAGACCCAUUCCCCCCCCCAAGCCCCAAGCCCAUCGUGCUUGUACUUUGCAACAUUGGCACUAGGGCCGUCUUCAGCAUAUUUGGCGCAGGGGUGCAAAGAUCCGCCCAGCGCCCCCAAAUUUAGUUUAGCCCCGCCCCGGCGCCAUUGAGUCUGACAAUAAAAAAAUUAAAAGCACAAUAAAACAUCAGACAUUAAAACUUCCCUAAACAGGACUGCCUUCAGAUGUCUCCUAAAAGUCAGAUAGUUGUUUAUUUCCUUGGCAUCUGAUGGGAGGGCGUUCCACAGGGCAGGCGCCACCACUGAGAAGGCCCUCUGCCUGGUUCCCUGUAACCUCACUUCUCGCAGGGAUGCUGCAGUCUAGCAGUGGGUGGGGCUGGAAAACGUAUUUGGGGCUGGACCCACCCAAUCACCCUCUCUCUCUCUCAUGCACCCCAUUCUCCCACUCCCUUCUCUAAUGUAGACUUGGCCAAUCUACUAGAAAACAGUCCUUGGAAAGAGUGUAGCAUGUGCAUAUGGGAAAUCAAUCUUUAUUGUGUUUUUUCCUGUUGCACAGUCCAUUCACCAUUGGUAUUACAAUAAUCAAUCAGUAGUAGUUUUUCCUAAUCUCCCAUGUGGUUCCCUCUGCAGCCCCUUUUGCUAUCCCACCCCCACAGAAAAAAAGAAA